CUUGUUUUGGCUGCCUUUUUGGACCUGUUUCACUGUACCCUUCCUUUUUUUAAAAAAAAAAAACAUUUGAAGAGUUGGUCAGGAGGAAGAAAGCAAAUAUUAAAGACAGUGUUUACACUGUGUGGUUUGAAGUCAGGUGAGAGAUAAUUAUGGCUUUUGAAGCUGAGGACCUGAGGACCAUCAUUUGAUAACCUGGGGUUAGCAGUUUAAAGGUGACAUGUUUGAAAGAAAGAGAAUUGUAUAAGGAAGGAAAAGACGGGGGAAAAGGAAGUUUGGGAGAGGCUGUGCCAGUAAGCCUGGGGAGGAGAGUAAAUAAAUAGUAUCUUAAAGUAAUUGUGGGCUUGUGUCUCUCAGCAGGAGGGUGAAAAUGAAAGCAGGCUGUAGCAUCGUGGAAAAGCCAGAAGGAGGUGGAGGGUAUCAGUUCCCCGACUGGGCCUACAAAACAGAGUCAUCCCCAGGCUCCCGGCAGAUCCAGCUGUGGCACUUCAUCCUGGAGCUGCUGCAGAAGGAAGAGUUCCGCCAUGUCAUCGCCUGGCAGCAGGGAGAGUACGGAGAGUUUGUCAUCAAGGAUCCAGACGAGGUGGCCCGCCUCUGGGGCCGCAGGAAAUGCAAACCACAGAUGAAUUAUGACAAGCUAAGCCGAGCCCUCAGAUACUAUUACAACAAAAGAAUCCUUCAUAAAACUAAAGGGAAAAGGUUUACUUACAAAUUUAACUUCAGCAAGCUGGUGAUGCCCAACUACCCAUUCAUCAACAUUCGGUCAAGUGGUGUCGUUCCUCAGAGUGCGCCACCAGUGCCAACAGCCUCUUCGCGGUUCCAUUUCCCACCUCUGGACACUCACUCUCCAACUAGCGACGUUCAGCCAGGGCGCUUCUCUGCUGGCUCCCUGACUGCAGCUGGCCAGGAGUCAAGUAAUGGCACUGACAGGAAGGUGGAGCUCUCGGAGCUGGAGGACGGCUCAGCUCCUGACUGGCGCCGGGGUGUGGACCUCAUGUCCUCCAGGAGUGCUGUCAGUGGAGGAGGGAUGGGCCAUCAGAAACGCAAGCCUGACAUCAUGCUUCCUCUGUUCACCAGGCCAGGGAUGUAUCCAGACCCCCAAAGUCCCUUUGCUGUCUCUCCGAUCCCUGGCCGCGGAUUUAAUGUCCCUAUUUCGCCAGCCCUCUCACUGACUCCCACCAUCUUCUCCUACAGCCCCUCACCAGGCCUGAGCCCCUUCACCAGCAGCAGUUGCUUCUCCUUCAACCCUGAGGAAAUGAAACACUACCUUCAUUCUCAAGCCUGUUCUGUGUUCAACUAUCAUCUGAGCCCCCGGACUUUUCCCCGUUUCCCAGGGUUCAUGGUUCCGCCACUGCAGUGCCAAGUGCACCCAGAGGAGCCCUCUCAGUUUUCUAUCAAGCUGCAGCCACCGCCAGUUGGGCGCAAGAACAGGGAGAGGGUGGAGAGCAGUGAGGAGGCAGCACCUGUCACAGUUACCAGCAUGGCACCUGUGCCCCCAAGAAUCAAGGUGGAGCCCACCCCUGAGAGAGAUCCUGAGGGCCUCAGGCAGUCAGCCCAAGAGAAGGAGGAGCUCACUCAAGAAGCAGGUGCUGUGCCAAGCAGGACCACAGAAGAGGGAAAGGGCACUGUCUUUGCUCGCCCUGCUGCACCGCCUGUCUGGCCCUCAGUGCCCAUUGGUACCCCAAGCGAAGAGCCCCUGGAAGUGUCUGAAGACAGUGAGGACAGGACCGGUAAAGAGCCCAGCGUACCUGAGAAGAAAGAAGAUGCCCUGAUGCCUCCCAAGCUCCGGUUAAAGCGACGCUGGAACGAUGACCCUGAAGCCCGAGAGCUGAGUAAGAGUGGCAAGUUCCUCUGGAACGGGUCAGGACCCCGGGGCCUGGCAGCCGCUAACUGCAGAUGCUUAGGACCGGAAGUGGGCUGGGAACUGUUUAUACUAUAAUCAAAUACAUACAUGUAUUUAUGUAGCAAGGUUCAGGGUGGGGGGCGGGCGGGAGGGCUUAGACUGGUUUGAUCAUUCUAGGGGCAUAGACUUGUAUUUUUAUGUUUGGGGGAUGGGAUGGGGCAUCUUCUGUUGUAAAUUAGGUGAGAUAUGAACACACUUUUUUUUCCUGAUGAGGACACAGGGAGGGUAUUGAAGAGAGAAGGAGCCUCUUUUUCCUGUCGGGGCGUCCACUCAAGGAAAGAACAAGGAAACUCGUAAAAGGGCCAAGAUACUUCUUGGUCCUGUGAUAGUUCAGGUUCCAGAUGUCUGUCUUUUCUAUUCUGUUUAUAUACAGAAAGCCAUCGAUGAAUUUACUUUGCUCUGAGAUGCAUAAAAGGGAAACGGGCGCAGCUGGAGGUUGAACAGUGAGAGACCAUUAAUACUAUUUUGUCUGAAAUGUUUCUUUAGAAUUAUUUCUGGGGAGGAGUGGAAUAUCCAGUCUUACUGGGUCAGUGGGUGGGGGAAAUGUUCAGAUGUUGCUCUUUUUCGUUUUUUCUUUUUUCUUUUUUUUUUGGUUGUUUGGCAAUUUUUGUUUUUCUUUCUCAAAAACAUGUUUUCAAGAAACAUGAAUGUACUGCCAGUUAGAGUGGGGUUGGGAAGGUAGCCACUCGGCUGUAUGGUUGAGUCGGGAAGCCCCACCAUGAGUUUCUGGACUUUUCACCUCCUUCACCUAUUAAGAAGCCAUGAGAAGCUGUAAACUCUUGUUCAGGGAAGAAAGAAGAGGGCAGGAGGAAGUAACCCAAUGCCUUUAAAAGCAAAACAAGAAUAAUCCUUCAUUUUCCUUUUUCCAUCUUGGGUUUGGGGAGCCAAACCAAAGUGCAACUGGGAGCAAGUUCACCGAGAGGCGUGACAGCGUUGUCGAAGGUGUCUUUCCAUUACGUCUAGUUCUCUGCUGUUCUUGAGUCAAGCCUUAACUAUGAACAUACUUUAAGAUGAUACGGGUCUGUCAACAUAAACCUGUAAAAGUGCAUGGACAACUUUUCAGAUAAUCCAGGAAUGUUGAGACUUGGUAAUAUUUCUGGCCGAUACUUAGUUCCUGUUGAUGUCGUUGGAAUGGGUAGCAAAAAGGCAAGAUGGUGGGAGUUUAGGGCAGAUGCUACCUGGAAACGCGGAAGAUAGCUGGGGGUACAAGUGGGUGAUGUUGAGACUGAAGAAAGAGAUGGAAAGAAGACACAGAAGGCAGCCAGGUGCCAAGAAGGCCUGUUACAAGUGAGACCGUUGGUGUCUGUCCUGCUGUGUUACGUUCUUGCCCAACCCAUUUGCCUAGAUUGUUCUGAGUCUUACGAUCAACCAACGGUCCUACAGGAGACUCCAGUUUACAGACAGCGAGGAAUUGUUUCUUCAUGGAAGUUCCCUUCCAAAUUCAGAGGAAUGGGAAACUGUUGAUCUGAUGCGAAGCAAAAGGGGCCUGGACUAGGAGCCGAGAGAAAGCAGCAGCAGCAGCCAGCCUUCGGGUGUGCACAUGUUCUUACCUGAUGCGCUUCAGCACCUCGCUGGCUAAGACCACCUGGCAGCAGGGAGGGGAGACCUAAUUCCAUACCUCACAAGGGCAAGGGGGCACAGGGCUGUGCUAGGGAUUGCAGAAUUCCUGGCUCCAUCUUAGCCUAAGUGAAGCCUGUAUACUACAUAACAUUUGAGGCUUAUGUUUUAUGGUUGGGUGUUUUUUCUUUUUUUUAACUGGAGUGCAUACAGGAGAUUGGGGCUCAGGAAAGGUUAGAGGAGGUUGAGUGUGACGUUCGAACUGGCUUGGAAUGACAUGCCUCCAUCAUGCUGUUUUCUGCCAAGUCUCUCCCUUUGGAUUCAGGUUUCACAAACGACUUGUCUUUCCCCAGGAGAGGGACUAGGAGAAUGGUCAGGCUGCAGAGGGGUCCCCAUUUAGGCUGCCUUUGGUGGAAGUAUUUUUGCAGUUUCUUUCUCUGCACCUCAGCUUACCUCUGAAUCAGAAAGCAAGCCCAGCAGGGGGAGGAGGGUCCUCUGCUUGGCAUUGCCAGAUCUAACCAGGGAGACUGGCUGGCCACCACUGCCUGCUAGAGGGGAGGGCCAGCAGGUGUCUGUAUGAACUCAGGAAUAGAAACACGAGGCCUUUAAAAUAAGAGAGAGGAAAAAAAAUCCAUGAUGCAUACCCGUAACCCCCUAGAACCCAAGUGCCAGGAUUAAUUCCUAGAUGCUGCUUCUGUUUGAACAAAAAGUCACUGCUUUUACACUUGAAAAAAAAAAAAAACCACACUCAAAAAAUGCGCUCAACUCCAUGAAAAAUGUUUUCUGGCUUUUAAGAAAUUGUUUGGUGUUUGUUUCCUCGAUUGCCAUUCCACCAGUAAAUUGUCGGUUGAUUUGCACUGCACACUGGGGUUGGGGCUGGGGGGGCAGGGUCCUCACACAGAGCGGAACUGGGUCUUGCUCAGGAAGUGGACCAGGGCUCGCGGAGGUCAUUGCUGUUUCCUGGGGCAAAAGAAUGGGAGCGAGUUCCCCUCCAGCCCACUCCUGUCACAGCCCUUGUAGAGCCAGGCCCCUCUCUUCUGUGACCAUCUCAUCACUCCAACAGCAGGUGGAAAAGGGCGGGGUGCGGGGGGGGGAUGGCAAGACCAGACCUGUUCUCUCCCUCUCUCCACUUUUUUUUUUUUUCCAAAUGUUGCUGUGCCAAAUGUUUAAAACUGUGUAAAUAUGAAUCUAUUUAAACGUUAUUAAUCAAGAAUUCGUUCAUGUAAACAGUUCACCUUUUUAAAUGUAGAAAACAUUACAGAUCUCUUAAGGACGUACAGCCUUGCUGAGCUCACCUUUUUUCCUGAAGAAUGGGUAGGAGCAAAACAAACAGGUCACUGAGUCCCUUCGCCCUAACUUUCAAGCUGCACUGCAUUAAACCCCAAGUCACUAAUCCGAGGAGUCAUUGCACCUUCAUCCUCCACGGGCCGAGGCACUUUUCAGAAGCAUUAAAACAGUAUGUCACUUCUCACCAAAUGGGUAGUCAGUUGCUGUUUGUCCCUUGUUUUUUUUUUUAUUUAUUCCAUAAUUAUGUUCGUGCUUUUUGUUUUGUAAACAGUGAUGGAACUUACAUUUUUUUGUGUGUGUAAGAAAAAAAAAAGACUGAUUCAGACCUUAAGCACUGUCCCAUUUUUAGUCUUCUUGGGGGGAAAAAAGUUACCAGUUAAUUUGUUUUGAGAUAUUUAGGCAUUCUUUUGAGUUAUAAAAUUGUGAUGCA